GUAGCACCAGUCUGCUUUCGACCGGUCGCCCUGAGAAGCAAAGUGAAGAAGGAAGUGAAAGUUGAAAACACACCUCCCAUCCGUCCAUUUAGCCGUCUAGUUUGCCUCAUUAUGGCGGACAAGCAGGACGACGAUGCCAUGUAUACGAUUAACGAGGGCGACUACGUUGUGCUGAAGCGAGGAGACGUCUUCAAAGCUGUGCAAAUACAGUCCAGGAAGAAGGUGGUGUUUGAGAAGCAGUGGUUUUUCCUGGACAACGCCGUGGGGCAUCUGUACAGCACCACUUUUGAAAUCUUACCCGGAGGAAACCUUCAGCCUCAAAAACAAAAGGACGCUCUAAGUUCUACUGAUGCGAAGGAGGCGGGCACAGACAACAGGAACAUCGUAGAUGAUGGCAAAUCCCAAAAGCUGACGAGGGAUGACAUCGAGACCUUCAAGGAGCAAGGUCUGAAGGGUCAGGAAAUCAUUCAGCAGCUUAUAGAGAACAGCUCCACCUUCAGGGAUAAGACGGAAUACGCUCAGGACAAGUACAUCAAGAAGAAGAAAAAGAAAUAUGAAAGCACCGUGACCAUCCUAAAGCCGACGUGCCGCAUCCUGGCUCUCAUGUACCACGGACGGGAGCCGGGGAAGAUCUGUCACCUGCGAUACGACAUGCUGGCCCAGAUGCUCACCCUGGCCAACAUCCACGCCGGCAGCAAAGUGUUGGUGUUUGAAACGUGCGCCGGCCUCGUGCUGGGAGCCGUCAUGGAAAGGAUGGGAGGCUACGGCUCAGUGAUCCAGAUGUACCCAGGGGGUGGGCCAGUCAGGGCGGGAGUGGAGAGCUUCGGCUUCCCCGCUCAUUUCCACGACACGCUGCAUGACUUCCCCAUCUGCCACGUCAACGCUUUGCUGGCAGGCACACUGGACACCAGCGCCAAGGACCCCAACACUGAUGCAACACAACCUGAUGUGGCAGCGGAGGAGAUGGCGCCACAGCCCACCACACAGCGGAGGGACAGUCUGGAGGACCCGAGCAUGGACACGAACGUGAGCAGCGAAUGCGGUGACCAAGAGCGGGAGAGAGGCAAAGACACCAAGGCUGAGCUGAAGCGGGCGAAGCAGGAGGAGAAGCGCAAGCGAUUGGCAGCGGCGGCGGCCCGGCUGGAGGGCCGGAACGCAGACGGGUUGGUCAUCGCCUCUCGCUUCCACCCGUGUCCCGUCCUGAUGAGCCUGCUCCGCUUCUUGGCUCCCUCGAGGCCCUUUGUGGUCUACUCCCAAUACAAAGAGCCGCUGGUGGACUGCUUCACCAAGCUGAAGGAGCAAGGCGGAACCGUCAACCUCCGACUCACCGACACCUGGCUGAGGCACUAUCAGGUGCUGCCCAACAGGACACACCCCGUGCUGCUGAUGAGCGGUGGCGGUGGCUACCUCCUCUCGGGGACCACAGUGGCCACGGAGCAGUCUCCUCCUGCCACGAGCGCCCCCGACCCCUCGCAGGAGCCGGCGCCAAAAAGACUGAAAACCACGGAGAGUUGAGAACGAAAAAGACCCGACUUGUCAUCGGGGCACAUCAGCGAUCGCCUCGGUGGAGCUGCCUGGUGGACACGUCCAAAGCAGCGCAGGCAAGCACACUGUCUGUUUGAAUUCAUCACGAAGCGGGUCAGCCACAAACCCGUUCAGCCUCAGUUUGGAACGUUACGUAAGAAAAAGCUUAAGACACAUGCAUCAGCUUAGGUUUUUUUAGGGUAGAAUUUGAUAUCAUUUGUAUUUCUGUGAUGCAUAUGUUGUUACGUCUUGACUGAAACCUCCUAGAAUUAAAAAGAUUCUUCACCUGA